AUGCGGUGCUACAUUUCAAACCCUUUCCGCACGCUUGUGGGCGUGCUUGCCCUCGCGACCCUCACUGCAGCGAACCCGGUAGGGCAUGAUGUUGGCUCAUGCCAAUAUACGACUGUCACCACUACGGCCACACUCGCUCCAACGGCGUCUGCUAGCACAACUUUGUCUCUGGCGACCGCAAGUCCAGGUACACCCGUCUCUCCAAAGGUCCUUAUUAUCGCCAAUACGUUCGAGUUUGGCUAUCUUGAGGAGUACAAUUUUACAACGGCAUACACGGGCGACUUGUUUGAGGAGGUCUUUGCCUGCACCGCCGAUGGUACCGUCUGCAAGCUCGCCUGCGGACAGGAGCUAGUCGGGGCGUCGCAGAUUACUUCCCUUUUGUUGAUUCCUGGACUUGACCUCAGAAAGACGUACAUCAUUAUCACUGGUACCGGGGGGGUAAAUCCCAAAUACGGUACUGCCGGAGGAGCUGCUAUUAGCACAUUUGGAAUCCAAUGGGAAUGGGGCAACAUGUUUCUGGGAACCGACCUGCCGGCCAAUUUCUCAGGACAAUACUUCUCUUCAUAUGCGCAGGAUUCGCCGUCCAAGUACCCUUCCACCGUUGGAACGGAGGUGUAUAAACUCAACGAGGCUCUUGUUGAUCGCUUCUACAAAGUCGGUAGCAAGGCUAAAUAUGAGGAUGUUUCCGAAGCUUCACAAAAGCUCAGGGCCACUUAUGUUUAUGAGGCGGCGAAAAAGGCGCCGUUCCUAGCAAGAUGCGACACUGUUUCUUCGCAGAUAUACUGGCAUGGAAACGUGGCAGGGGAGAACGUCGAGUACUACUCUAGUGUUAUUACAAGCGGCAAGGCACGCCCUUGCAAUACCAACCAGGACGAUCAGGGAAGGCUGGUAGCGCUAUUUUUGGGCGCGGUUCAUAAGAAAAUCGACUUUGGAAGAGUGUCAAUGAUCAAGGCCUUCAGCAAUUUCGAUCGGCCUCCUCCACAAUUGACGGCUUACCAAUCUCGCUUUUAUGUCGGAGAAGGUGCGACAGAGCCUGGUCUGAGAAAUUCGUGGAAGACAAUUGUGAGGGUUGUGGACGAUGUGCUGGACAAUUGGGCGACUAUAUUCGAGGCUGGCAUCAAGCCAAAUACAUAUAUGGGCGAUUUGAAGGAGAGGCUGGGUGGAACCUCUGACUUCGGAACAACAGCCGGUGCUGCUCCUGGGUCAGUCCAGGGUGCUUAG